CUGGCCCGCCGCCGCCGCCGCUCGGCCGAUGUGCCCGGAGCCAUGGACAAGAUCCUGGAGGGUCUGGUGAGCUCGUCGCACCCGCUGCCGCUGAAGCGGGUGAUCGUACGACGCGUGGUGGAGUCGGCGGAGACUCCGCUGAGCCAGGCGCAGUGCCGCGCCAUGUUCGCGCUCGGCACCCGGCUGGUGCUUCAGGGCCCCGACCCCUUCCAGCGGCAGGUAGGGCGGCAGGUGCUGGACGCCUACGGCCGCUUCCACCGCGCCGAGUUUGAGGCGUUCUUCAACCGCGGGCUCGUCCUCGGGCUCUUGCAGCGCGGCUACGGCGAGCUGAGCAACCGCGACCCCGCCAUCCUCGACUACAUCCAGGCGGGGCUGCGCCUCAUCAUGAGCUGCCCCUCGGUGCUGGAGCUCUUCGAGCUGCUGCAGGUGGAGGCGCUGCGCCUGGUGUGCGAGCGGCCGGCGCCGCCGCUCUGCGCCCGUCUGUGCCAGCUGCUGGGCGACUUCCCGCAAUGCCUGCCCCGCGGUAGGAAGCUCUCGCUCGCCUUCUGCCAGCAGCUGGUGCGCAGCAUCGCCCACUUCCAGAGCCAGGGCACCCGGGAGGCCGAGCUGCGCCUCUACGUCUCACAGGUGACCCAGGUCAGCGCGCUGCUCAGGAGCGUCUGGAAGGCCGAGCCCGAUACGCUACUGCCUUCCCUGCAGGAGCUCUUCGCCGUCAUCUCCGCCGCGGAUACUUCGUUCGAACCGUCUGUUGCACUGGCAAGUCUUGUGCAGCACAUACCAUUGCAGAUGAUUACAGUACUCAUCAGGAGCCUUACUACAGAUCCUAAUGUGAAAGAUGCAAGUAUGACUCAAGCUCUGUGCAGAAUGAUUGACUGGCUAUCCUGGCCUCUGGCUCAGCACGUGGAAACAUGGGUGAUUGCACUGCUGAAAGGAUUGGCUGCAGUCCAGAAAUUUACCAUCCUCAUUGAUGUCACUCUGCUUAAGAUUGAAUUGGUCUUUAAUCGACUUUGGUUUCCUCUAGUGAGGCCUGGUGCCCUUGCUGUCCUUUCCCACAUGUUACUUAGUUUCCAGCAUUCUCCAGAAGCUUUUCAUUUGAUUGUCCCACAUGUGGUCAGUUUAGUUCACUCCUUCAAAAGAGAUGGCUUGCCUUCCAGUACAGCCUUUUUGAUGCAGUUGACUGAGUUGAUACACUGUAUGAUGUAUCAUUAUUCAGGAUUUCCAGAGCUCUAUGAACCCAUUCUGGAAGCUAUUAAGGAUAUGCCCAAACCCACUGAAGAGAAGAUUAAGUUGAUCCUCAGUCAGAGCGCCUGGACUUCUCAGUCCAGUUCUUUGCCAUCUUGUUUAUCUAGACUUUCUGGAAAAUCUGAAACCGGGAAGACAGGCCUAAUAAAUCUAGGAAAUACUUGCUACAUGAACAGUGUUAUUCAGGCACUUUUUAUGGCUACAGAUUUCAGAAGACAUGUUUUAUCUCUGAAUCUAAAUGGCUGUAAUUCCCUAAUGAGAAAAUUACAGCAUCUUUUUGCAUUUUUGGCCCAUACCCAGAGGGAGGCAUAUGCUCCUAGAAUUUUCUUUGAAGCUUCCAGACCACCAUGGUUCACCCCUCGAUCCCAGCAGGAUUGCUCGGAAUAUCUCAGAUUCCUGCUAGACAGGUUGCAUGAAGAAGAGAGAACUUUGAAAGCAUUGUCUUCCACCAAGAGUUCUGAAAGUAUAAUGACUGAUGAGUCCCAGGCACAAGAAGCUGUCCAUAAAACACAAGUAUUUACUGAAGCACCUUGUGUGGGAAGUGAAGAAAGAACUCUGAUAGAGAAGAUGUUUGGAGGAAAAUUGAAGACUAACAUAUGCUGUUUGAACUGCAAAAGCAUGUCUCAAAAGGAAGAAGCUUUCACAGAUCUCUCUUUGGCUUUCUGUCCUCCCACUUCGGUAGAGAAUGUUGACCCAAAAUGCAUGGAACAUUCUGAAGUGAAAGAUGACUACAUGGUGCAAAGUAACACUGUAGCAACCAGUCCUGCUGCAGAAACACCUCUCACUAAUCUGCAAGUAAAUCGUGGAUGUGACACAAUAAUGAAUGAAGGAGCUAUAGAAGAUUUUUCUAGUGAGUCAAGCUCUGAGAAUACCACAAUUUCUGAACUCAAAGUUGAAAAUAAUGGGGAUAUGUCUCAGAGUCUGGUAGGUAAAAAUACCCUGUCAGUUACAGACUUACUCAAUUAUUUUCUGGCACCUGAGAUCCUUAGUGGAGACAAUAAGUAUUAUUGUGAAAAGUGUGCCUCUCUACAGAAUGCUGAAAAAACUAUGCAAAUCAUUGAGGAACCUGAAUACCUCAUUCUCACUCUUUUGAGAUUUUCAUAUGAUCCAAAGUGUCACAUAAGACGCAAAAUCUUGGACAAUGUUUCUCUACCACUUGUAUUGGAACUGCCAGUGAAAAGAGCAACAUCCCCUUUAGCUGUUGUUUCAGGAGACUGGGCCGUUGAUCUGGAGAUUUCUGAUACUGGAGAAAACCUUGCUAAAAAACUGAAGCCCUCGGGUGUUGAUGAAGUGACCUGCCCACAAUUGGUGCCCUAUGUGUUAAGCUCUGUGGUGGUGCAUUCUGGUGUAUCCUCUGAAAGUGGACAUUAUUAUUCAUAUGCUCGGAAUGUUACUGGGUCAGGGCCUUCAGGGCUCUGCCACCAGUCUACAGCUCUUUCUUUAGUUUCUCCUCAGGAUAAGUUGUUUACAGAGGAGAGUCCUUGUACUGUUGUAGAAAAUGAGCUGGACACUGAGAUGCCAAGAGAAUGGUUUCUGUUCAAUGACAGCAGAGUGACAUUUACCUCAUUUCAGUCAGUCCAGAAAAUCACCAGUAGAUUUCCAAAGGACACUGCUUAUGUUCUUUUUUACAAAAAGCAGAACAGCACCUGUGGCUUCAACACCAAUCCAGCGAAUGGCCUCUGGGUAAAUGGAGACCCUCCUCUACAAAAAGACCUCAUGGAUGCAAUUACAAAAGAUAACAAACUGUACUUGCAGGAGCAAGAGCUUAGUGCUCGAACACAAGCACUUCAAGCUGCCUCAGCCUCUUGCUCUUUCCGACCCAAUGGAUUUGAUGACAAUGAUCCCCCGGGAAGUUGUGGGCCCACAGGUGGAGGUGGAGGGGGUGGGUUCAGUACUGUCGGUAGAUUGGUCUUUUGACUAUGAAGACAACCUGGAAUACACUGGUUCCAAAGCAGUCUAGUACUGCUGAGGACAAAUAAAAUACUGAACUCUGUCAGCUAUUGUACCAGGCUUUGAGACUUGAUCCUUAUCCAAAAGCAAAUAUUGGUGGUUUUUUGGUUAUGUUUUAUUUGAAAUAAAUAAGCGCAUAAUGGAAAAAAACCUACCUCUUAAAAGUUCAGUUGCUUUCAUAGUAAGAUGUGCUUGCCCAAAAACCAGAAAAUUAAGAUUUUUUUUAAGUAAGUGCUAAUGGCAUUGCAUUAAACUGAACAAAAUGCACUUAUAUCAGUUUCUCUUGUCCUCAUCCACUGAAUGAAUAAAGUUCAUUUUUUACUCUUAGAAUAUUGCUUUAUGUGGAAACCCAUUUUCAGAUGGGCUAAACUGCACUGUACUCUCACCCACUGCUUAUUUUCAAAUACCAUACCUUUGUGGAUUUUCAGAGAUGAUGCAAUUUGUAAUGAAGGCAAUAACUUAAAUGUGACAUGAUACAGUACUUUCCAGGUUAAAAAUUAUUCAGUCCAUUUCCAGUGUAAAUGAAAAGAAAAAAUUUAUAAAUAUUUGCUAACUUGUUAUCCAAAAAAGUGCAUGAUGUGUAGGAGCAAUGUUUUUAAAUAGAAAUUGUUAACUUUGUAGCAUUUUGAGGAUUUUAAAAUUAUUUCAGGGAAUAUAUCUACUGAGUAUUGGAAAGGAAGAGAUUCUGUAUGUGCCUUGCAGUACUGUAACUUAAACUCCCUGAGGCUGCAAAAGAUGUGAAAAAUGUCUUAGUAGACAAUUAUUUUUUGUCAGCAUUAGAAAUCAAGACAUUUAUAGAAAGCUUUUGGAUUUCCAGAAGUAAAAAUCUGUUAGUUUGAAAUGCAGUUAAGUGUUGCCGUUUAUUUUUCGAUUAAAAAAUAUACAUACCUAAUGAUCUAUAACUUCGAUGGCCUGUACUGCUGAGAAAAAACUGGUCAUAAAAACGGAGCUAUGUUUGUCAAGUCACAGAAAAGCUGCCUGUACUGAUCCUUGCUGAGGAUCUUUACUUUUAUGAGUCUUUUGAAGUUUUGCCUUUGGGUUUCACUGGUAGUGAGAACUUCCUGAUGAGUUCAGGAUUUUUUUAUUAUUAUUUAUUUAUUUUUUUUUAAUUUUUUUUAUUUAUUUUUUUUUUCCAAAGAAGCCCAAAAUUAUUCAGCCUAAGGAGUGGUGUUUGAUUGCUCAUUAGGCCAGCAGAAGUUGAGGAUCCACUCCUUUGAGUCUUGGCAGAAGUAGCAGCUUUAGUCUUGGUGUGCAAUGAGGGUAACAGAAGUAAAGGACUUAGACUGUUGAACCCAGUGAUUAAUUAUUGAGUAAAUUUAGAGUGAAGUGUAAAUUUAUUUAAAGUAUUUUUACAAAAUUCUGCACUGUUUUUGCUGUGUUUUUAUAUUCUAUUAGGUGACAAAGUGUGUCCUUAAAAAGCAUGCAGACCUCACAAGUUUUAGCAUAACUGUAUAAAAAUAAUCAGAUUUCUUUGAAAAUGCUUUAAAAAACCAUAAGAUAAGUUGAGAAAAUUAAGUCUUGCUCAUAUGAUUCUGAAUAUAUGGAGUUUAGUCUGAAAGGUAACUUAGCUUGCAAGGUAUUUUUAUAUUAUCACUAAAAUGAUGAUAUUUACUGUAGGUUCAGAUGUUAAGAAAGCUAAAGCAACUCACUUUUUUUUUUUUAAAUUUUUUUUUAUUUAAAUAUUUUCCAAGUUUUCUUGUGACGGUUUGUGAUACCUUGGCUCUGGCCUACUCUUUUCAUUGCUAUCUCAGCUGUAGGUCUCUGAACCAGGAGUUCAGCCACAGAAACAUGGAAUGUUUUUUGACCAGUAUGAGGAACGUUCUCAAUUGGUUGUACUUGGAUAAGGUGGUUUUUGUUUUUUUUUUUGAAAGUUCACUUUGCUUUGAAGUUUGGUAACUUUCAGUCUAAGAGGGUUUUUUAUUUCCAUUUAGGCUUCUCUGACAGUUUGCUCUGGUUUGAAAAUGUUUUAUAAGACAGAUUAAUUUGGCUUUUCUCUCCCAGACUGAGGACGCACUAAAAAGCUGUCCACUCUUUGCAUUACCAUGUGAAUAUUUUGUCUCUCUGUACCAAUUUACUGUUUGUUUUAAACUACUAGUAAGUAGAAACAGGGGCAAGUGGUUUUUCUCUAUGUGAAAUCAUAAUUUUGUAAAGGUCAGUUUGGUUUUUAUGUUCUCACAGUAAAAAUACAAAUUAUGCAGCCUACCUAGAAAUAAUAUACAGUAUGUCUUUCAUAUACCUGUUGAACUAUAUUUAUUUCAUGAGCUCUUAGAAGGCUUUCUACACCCUUGUUUGCCUGUUCUAAAUUAGGUGUUAAAUAUGGAAAAUUUACAUGAGAAUAAUGCCAAUCAGGUUGGAUCUGCUUAGGUGCAAAAUGAUGGAUUCUGAAACUGAAAAUAAUUAUUUCUUUCACCUUGUUGACUUCUGUCAAUGCAUUUGCUUGGGGUUUUACAAGUAGAUUUUAAAAUUCAGGAUACUUUUUUGCAAGUGCUGGCUUGACAGCUGUCCUAGUCUGGUGAGCCAUAGAUACCCAACUUGGAAGGUUUCAGUAAACCUAGUGGAAGUGGAGAAUUUUUUCAUGCUUUGAAAUGUGUACCUUUUCUAUUGUUACAGUAAUAGUCUUGCAUGUGGUUGUCUUCUGGACAUGAGAGAAAAAUGUACAUAUGGUACUUUGAUUUCUAUUGCUUGUGAAGGAAUGCUGGAUGGCUUAUUAAUUUACCUUUUUGGCUCAAUUCUAAUGAAUUGAAUAUUUUCUAAGUUGAAUCAGUAGAAAGAUACAAAAUGCAUAAGACCAUUUCAGAAGCUUAGGGUUUUUUUGUUGUUUCCUUUCAUGAAAGAGACACAGUUGUACCAAACUCAAGGUAUGUCUUUUAAAAUUGUAUUUACUUCUACCAAGACAGACUGUAAUUUGGUCCUUGUUUUAGUGGUCACUGGAGUUUCUUCUGUUUCUUGUGUUGUACUGUUAAUUUUGUACAGUUUUUUCAUGUAGAGCAUUACAGUGGAUUACUGUGAAUGUCUCCCCUGUAACAAAUUACUACAAUGUCUGAGCCCAUUUAUCCAGGAUGAGGAGAGAAGAGGCUUCUUUGGACAACUAAACAAAUAACACUUUCUGGCUAGCCUUUUUUCUUUUUUUUUUUUUUUUUCUGUGUUUCCUUCUCUGGAAAGUUAAAUGUUUCAUCUUCUCUAUGCUCUGGAAGUUUAAUUUCAUGGGUAAGCCUAUUUCAAUCUGUAGCAGUAAGUUUGUUCAUUGAGUCAGAAUACUUUUUUGUACAAGUGGCAGGCACAGGGCAGCUCUGGGAGCUGAGAGUAUUGAAGCGAAAUCAAGUGGGUAUAAACUUUCUGUAAAUAAAAUUUAGAUUAGAAACAAAGUUCCUAAUUCUGGAACAGCCUUCUGGGCAGAGUCUUGCUUUGAAGGAAGAGCCAACUCUGUCUAUAAAAGAAAUUAAAUGCAAAGUGGUGUCUGAAUAGUAGGCAACUAGACCUGAUAAACCAGAGGUCCUUUCUAGUCCCUUCCUAGAAUUUUGCUCUUUUGUUGGGUUUCCUGUCUUGCCACAUUGCCAGUUUUGUUUUUAAAGGUCAAAGAUUCAAGGGUAAAUAAGGGGAAUAUUAAACUGUGACAUAACAACAAAAGUUAACUGCUCAAUUUUGGGUGGUGCUGGUCUCUGAUAUAGGGGAAUGAAGCAUAAAAAUUACCAAAUCAUGGCAAGUGGGAGCUUUGAGGAGUUGUACUUUAAAGAAAUGUGCUCACUUUCUAACACAAGUUUGAUUUCCUUGGGUAACAACCUACAAUGAGAUGUAAUGAGUUGUAGCACUUGGUAUCCUCAGUAGGCUGUAAUCAAAUGGAAAUUACUGGACGUUUUCAAAGGGUGAGCAAAUGAUCUAUGAUGCAAACAAGACCAGAAUAGACAAUCCUCAAGGCUUUCAUGUUCCCUGCAGCCAGUCAUCAUAGGUCUACCUAAAUCUGAAUUCUGAGCUAUGAAUAAUACCUUGUUAAAUCAUAGAGAUGUGGGGUCGAAUGUGAGAGAGAAUGGAGAAUUGUGUGGUGCUGUUUGUGUCCAACACGAGCUCCGGCUGUGGGGUGUAGUGUGGCACUGCCUUACCACACAGUUGUGUGUUUUGUAUUAUAACGUGCACACACGUCCCCCAAUUCACUGGGAAUCUGCUUUUGCUUGAAUUAAAGCAUCCAGAUCAAAGCCACAACAGCCCAAACUACCCAGCCUGAAGCACAAAUGAACAUAUUUUAAGACAAUAUGUGCCUUCCUUAUUUAAAAUGGAAAAUGCUCUUCUAAAUCUGUAGGAUUCUAGAUAGGAAUGUGGAUUCAAGAUACACAUUUCUUGUUCCCUCUUCUUUUUUUUUCCAGUGCAGAUAAUAUUUUUAGGAAUCAGGUGUAAAAGUGCUUUAAUAGACACAUCAAAAGAAACAACACUGGGUGGUUCCUCAUGAAGUUACUGUGAAAAAGAGGAACAGCAGGUGGUGAAGGAGAAGAGCCAGUACUGAACUGAAAUGAGACAAAUGCAGAAAGGACAGGAUGGCUCCAAUCUGAUUUAAAAGCUGCACAUGUUUUAAUUUCACUGCUGUAAUUUUAUUCCAGCAAGGAUACUUUUUCAAUAAUGCCUUGUGUUAUCUGAGCCUCAUCCUUCAAAAGUUUCCAGUGUAUCAUUAUAUCCAUUUAUAUUUUGAAGAAAAACAUCUUAGUAGGCAUAUUGAAAAUAUACUGCUGAGGAGCGUAUUUCAGGUUGACAUUAAAAAAUGGAUUCAGCAACAGGAUAUGUGAUUGUGCAAGCAGCUGAAAUAUCAUACAGCAUCCUCGAGGCCAGUGGUCUCCAAACUUACUGGUUGCACACCCAUUUCACUAAAAACUCUUGCGUGUGCACACACUAUAUGUUUAUUUAUUAAUUUAUAAAUAAUAUAUGUACUAUACUAAUAUAUUAUGUACAUACACAGGAGUAGAAAUUGAAAAAGUAUUAUAGAAAAGUGAAAUAAAGACUAUUUUUAAAUUAUUUAAAUUUUUGUUUGUUAAUUCUGCAAAAUAUACUUUCUUCUUGCACCCAAGUGGAUUGUCUUGGGGUGCAUGCACCUCACUUUGGAGACCACUUCUUUAGGCUAUGGUCUUGGAAAGAGUUUUAACUUGAUGGGAACAGCAUCAAAACCAAACAGUUUAUAAUUACAGUUUCUUUUACUCUGUGAAUGUAGACUGUUGUCCUUUACUUUGUGCUGCAUGACUGGUUUGGAUCUCUGUUUAUUCAGAGUUCUUAUAACAUUUGGUCCAAGGGUUGUGAACUGUUUUGCUGUUUGUUUUCCUACAGUGUGGAUUAAAUGACAAAACAAGAGGUGUCAGCCUUAAGUGGUUUGCAGAAAUGCAAAGCUAUUCCAGUUUAGAGGGGAGGGCAUAUCCCCUGCCAAACACAAGGAUGUGUUAGUACUUGGCUUUAAAAGUUAGUGUCAUUUUUCAACUGACUUGCCCUUUCUCAAGUGUUCACUAAAGAAUUGCAAUAUUCAGUGCUCAGCUUCUCAGAAGAAAGUAAUUAUUUUUCUUGCUGUAUCUUUCCUGGUGUUUGUUUUACUGAACUACAGUUGAAACCAUUUUUGCAGUAUGCCUGUUCUCAAAUCUUGUAAACUGGCAUAGAUUUUUAAUAGCAUUUCAUACCAGUUUUUAAAAAUUGAUGGGGCAAAAUGACUGUACUUGUGUUGGGCUGCAUAAAGAAGUCAAAAUAUAUAUAUUUUUAAUGCCUCAAAAGAUGUCUCAAAGUACCUAAGUUUUCAUGUGUUCAACUGGAGAGACAAGAUAGAUGUUCUAGUAAAAUAUAACAGUGGUUUUUAAAUUGUAUAUUUUACCUGUAAAUCUCAGCUUGAAGGAUCUCACACAAAAACAUGGAAGAUAAGUCAUCUGAGAACUCUUGAUGGUCCAACUGUAUCUGAAGAAGGAAGUAGCUGGAUUUCCUGUGUAUUUACAAUGCAGUGAUAUGAAAAUGUUUCAUUUGAAUUGUCGUCUCAGGUGAGAAAGAUGAAAUGAAAGAAGAUGAGAUGACUUCAACUUGUUGAAAUAAUAAAAGACAUAAUAGUUGGUUAAAAUGCAGCCUUUCUCAAUGAACGUGGAAGUUACGGCACAGGAACAUUCAGGUCUCCUGUAAAUAAAGACGUGAUUCUCAAAA